AUAUAUAUCAGAGAGGCAGCUUUCAUUGUGUUAGGCAUUCUGCUUCAGUCAAACUCUAGUCUGACCAGUGACCAACACAAAAGAGCAGAAGAUCCAGUAAACCAGAGGUCCCCAAUGGAUGCACAGUAUAGCAGACCUCUGUUUCUCCUAGUGAUCAUUUUUUCCUUUACUCACUCUGUGACGCAAGCCUAUGAUUACACGGACCUUGGAGCCUACCCCUUACUUUCCAUUCAGUGUCCCAAAGAAUGUGUUUGUCCAAUUAGUUUUCCACAUGCUAUAUAUUGUGACAACAAAGGCCUAAAAGAAGUACCACACAUCCCAGCAAGAACUUGGUAUUUAUAUUUGCAUAACAACUUGAUCGAAUCCCUGAAAGAAGAAUCCUUUGCAAAUGCUACUGAACUAAAGUGGAUUAACUUAAGUAGGAACAAGUUAAGCAACAAAAACAUCAGUAAAAAUUUGCUGAAAAGUUUAAAAAGCCUGCUCUAUUUAUAUUUAGAUGACAAUGAACUAGAAGAAGUACCAGCACCACUGCCAGAAAGUAUAGAACAAAUUCGAUUGGCAAGGAAUAAAAUCUCAAAGGUUCCAGAAGGUGUCUUCAGUAAAUUAGGGAACUUGACUUUAUUAGACUUACAUCACAAUAAGCUCACAGAUAGUUCCUUUCAAGCAGAUGUCUUUAAUGGCCUAAAGAGUCUUAUGCAACUCAACUUGGCUAAGAACACCCUCAAGAAAAUGCCACCAGGUCUUCCUCUUAACACAGUUCAACUGUAUUUAGAUAAUAAUAAUAUUGAAGAAAUUCCAAAGAACUACUUUAAUGGAAUACCAAGAAUAACUUUUAUUCAGUUAAACUACAACAAGUUAUCAGAUACAGGUGUACCAGCCAAUGUAUUUAACAUGUCAUCUAUAUUAGAUUUGCAAUUGUCUUACAAUGAGUUGACAUCUGUGCCCAUUGUCAAUGGCCAUUUGGAGCGUCUUCACCUCGAUCACAACAAGAUAAAAAAUAUAAGUGGAAAUAUUUUGUGUCCUGAAGCUGUGAAAGAAGAAUUUGACCCACACUUUCCUCAGGGACCCCGUCUUCGUUACCUGCGCCUGGAUGGGAAUGAUAUUCAGCCACCUAUCCCACUAGAUCUAAUUAUGUGUUUUAGGCUUCUUCAAACCGUUGUCAUUUAGAAGUCUCCGGUGACGCAAGUUUUGCUGGAAUGAAACUUGCAAACACUUACUAGAUUAUCAUUAUGACUUUUAUCUUUUAACAAGGGAAUUUAAGCUGUUGUUUUUAUAGUUACGUAUGUGGUUUUAUAGUUACAUCUGAAGUUGAAGUGGAAGGCAGGGUGCAAAGUGCAAAUUUGGGCACAAUCAGACUUUUUUCCACCUUGUACCCUGCCUCCCACUUUAACUUCAGAUGUAACUAUAAAACCACAUUAUAUUGUCUGCAUUGGGCAGUGCUGUAUUUAUGAGGGGUAAGAGGGGGGGCGGGCAUGUCAUUCAGACACACAAGUUAUGGAAUGGCAGCAGAUGAAGGCCGCAUUGGUGCUUUGUACUUACUGCCUUCACUAUAGCAAUGGGUAAAGACAGGCCAGGCCUGCACCCACCAAUGCUGUGCUCUGCACCAUGUGCUGGAUUUAUUUAUCUCACAUGAAUGACAGAGGGCAGCCAGACCGUGGCCAAGAGUGCUCCCCUUACUGCCCUUGCACUUCUGGUCAGGGUCUUCAUAAUCCAUGGUGCAACAUGUUACUUUUUACCAUGUAUUGCUGAAUACCCAGCAUCUUUUGUAUGUGUGUCCUUAUAAAGACCAAUGCAAUUUCUUUUUGUAUCCACAGAUUUGCAUUGCAUCAUUUUUAAAUCUAGAAGUAAAUCCAUAUGGGAAACAUUUGCAUUGUAUAGAUAUUUGUAUUUUAAAAGUGUACAUGAAAGCAUGCACAACCUGCAGGGACUAUGUGUUAUGAGCCGGGGAAACAAGGUUAUAGCACAUUACAUUAAUUAAAUUAACCACUGACUAAUGCUCAUGUAACCAUUUAAUAUCUGUUUUAUAUAGUAUCGUAUGUACAGAUGUCAAUUUUUGAACUGAAAAUAAAUAAAUAAAAUGUGGUUUAAACAUAAU